AUGAAGUUACUGAUCCCUCUUUUCCUUUUUAGCAACAUUGCAUUGGUUGCUGCCGAUCUUGGCAGGACAGAACCGCCCCGUCCUACUCCACGUCCGACAGAACAUGACAAAUUUAACCGUGAUGGGACCGAAGCACCGGAUUUUAUCGUAGUACCAACGGAUGCACCUGUUUGGCCUCCAACACCUCCUCCUGUUAGGAAUCCGCCACCGACUCGGCCACCGACUCCUCGACCGAGUCCUCGACCGAGUCCUCGACCCACUCCUUUCCCUACACUGCGACCAACUCCUUCGCCUACAAACCGGCCCACUCCUUCGCCUACAAACCGGCCCACUCCACAGCCGACUCCUCGACCCACGGAGCGUCCUGUCACGCCGGAUCGCGAUGACGAACCUGGCGAACCGAUUGUCUUUCCUCCACCCACUCCAAAUCCCACUCCAGCACCAACUCCACAACCCACUACAGCAAGGCCUACCCUACCACAGAACAUUUUUGAGAUAGCGGAAGGCAAUUCGUGCCCACAUGAAACUCUUUUGAACGUCAUCGAUACGACACCAGGCGUAAAGACUUUUCUCAUUUCCAGCUUUCCAGUCACCAUCUUUGGCCCAACCAACAGCGCCUUUGCAUCUGCUGGCGACGUGGAUGACGCUACCUUGGGAAAUCUCUUGGCCGGACACGUAGUGCCAGGAGUGCUCACAACCGCUGAUAUUAUUGCCAACGAGUGUGUUGAAGUCAUGUCCCUUGCAGGAGAACAACUUCGUAUCCGUUACGCGAAUGCUCAAAUAGAGAUCAACGAUGCAGUUGUGACUUGUGACGAUGCUAUCGGUCCUGGAGGUAAUAUUCUGGGGGUCGACCGUGUCAUCCUCCCAGGUACCUUCCGUCCCUGCCGGAAUGGGUAUGUGGAACAAGCGUUCCAAUUUGGUAUUCCAGACCCCGAAACCAUGCCGUUUGGUUCCAUGUACGAUGCAGCAUGGCGACGAGGUGGAUAUGGUCUUCUUCUAAGUUCCAUCACCAGAUCUACAGGCGUAAUGGAUGCCAUUGCACGACACUACCCCGUCACCAUUUUUGCGCCAAACGAUGAGGCCUUCAACGCUAUGUUUGAUAUGCUCGUCAUGACCGACAUGCGUGACAUUGGUAGUAUUUUCUCUGCCCAUGUCGUCAAGGGAAUCUACACCCUUCGAGAUUUUGCCGAAGCUGGUUGCAUGGAAUUGGACACUGUUGGGGGCACCAAGAUUCGUGUUCUAGUGGAAAACCUCAUGGUCAAAGUGAACGAUGGCCUAUUGACUACUCCCGAUAUGGUUGGCAAUGGUGCUGAUGGUAUCAUUCAGGGCAUUGACACAUUUUUGUUGGAAGGAUCCUUUACACCAUGUCCAGGGUCGUCAGGUAAUACCAUGGCAGGAUCUGCCAUUAUUGAUCCCCCAGCACAAAGAGACGAUACAUCUGCUAUUCCUCCUCCUCUUGUCUUUGACCCGCCAGCUCCCGAAGAGACUGAAACGGUUGUCCCUCCUACUGCCGAAGAGAACGAAGAGGAUGAGGACGAUGACAAGGAUAAGAAGAGCAAGAGCAAAAAGAGCAAGAAGGACAGCGAUGACAGGAGGCUUCGUGGAGGAUACGACUGA